CAAUGUCGUGUCAGAAAGUAACAUAAUGUCAUUUUGUGCCAAAGAUGGAUCCCUAGGAACUGCUAAAAAGAGAGCGGCCUAUGUACGUAGAGAGUUUCCACUGGUGAACCCCAUUGAAUAUUGUGUGGAAAAAGGCAAAAAAACACUUGCAUAUGUCCCUAUUGUUCCCAUGCUCCAGAAGUUGCUGAACAAAACUGACAUAUUGGAUAAAGCCAUGUCAGAAAAAGUCCAUGUCCCACAGGAAUAUAGCUCAUAUGUAGAUGGGCAGUGCUUUAAUAAAAACUCUCUUCUUGCAAGGGAUGAGUUCACAAUUGCUCUUACACUUUACAUUGAUGACUUCGAAGUAGCCAAUCCUCUAGGAACAUCAAAGCUGAAACAUAAAAUGUGUGCCAUAUACUGGGUCAUUGCCAACAUACCUGCAAAAUACAGGUCAACCCUAAACUCAAUCCAACUUGCACUAUUGUGCAAUACCUCUACAGUCAAAGAGUGUGGUUACGCUAAAGUUCUGCAACCUCUUAUUUAUGAUCUAAAGUUAUUGGAGCAAAAUGGUGUUUACUUGGAACAACUAGGUGAGAGUGUGAAAGGCACAGUCUUAUAUGUUGUUGCUGAUAAUCUUGGUGCCCACUCCCUGGCAGGAUUCCUGGAGAGCUUCACUACUGACAAGUUCUGCAGAUUCUGUUCGGCAAGCAGUUUUGACAAACAAUACCAAGAGAUGGCUGAGCAAGAGAAUAUAACCAUGAGGGUUAUUGUCUCAGAGGGGGAUAUAAGAAAGAUGACGACAAAACGACCUGACACGCUUGAGGAUUUGAUUGGCUGGCUCAAAGGCAAUCUCAAAGCAAACUAUAGUUUCACCUUACAGUACCAAGAUCCUGAAUUUAACAAUGAACUGUGUAACCUCACCAAUCUCUCUGAGCUCCCAGAGAAGCCAACAAUCAAAAUCAUCCCUAUGAUUGAGCUGGUACCAACCUCAGCAGACACUGAAUCAUAUGGUGACACAAGCAGCCAGGCAGACACAGAGAUCCUGUCUAACUCCUCUCUGGAUAGAAGUUUUCAGUGGCCAGAGGUAUUUGACAUUCCCAAAUUUUCAGUUGAUGUUGAGUACAGACUUCGUCAAGGUAACCUGUUGUAUCUGAGAGAUGGAACAUGUCUUAAGGUGACAAAAGAGUUGAAACAUGAUAUACUGGAGAAAUUGGCCGAGACCAUGUAUGCAUUUAAAGCAUACCAGAAAAGGAAGAUUUUGAAGCAGUUGCAAAAGCUUUAGUACAAACCCACCCUUGUCUCAAAGAAUCAGGGUCAUCCUCCGGCUGGAAUGGAUGGAAGAACAGUCUCAAGUUCAAGAUGGGAAACUACAGAACCAAAAUGCGCCAGAUUGGACGAGUUGAUGUCACUGUCAAUGGUGGUAAACGUGGAAGGUACACUGCAAAUGCCGACCCUUCUCACAAAGGCAUAAAAAAGCCAAGGAAAGGAGAAUUAAAUUUCCUACCUGAAUAUCCAGAGGGGAGGGAUGACCACAACCUGGAAGAAGCUCGCCAGGUUUUGGUCAAUGAAAUGAUGAAGACGAAGCCAAAUGGGUCCCUUGUUAAGAAAAAGAUGGACCUGACAUUUGCGCUUCGGAGAAAAGAAGUUGUCCAAAACAAGCCUGCCAUCAGCCAGAUGUUACAUAGAUGGCCAGCUCUUUUCACCGAA